AUGUGUGGAUGCCGGAUUAUGCGAAGUGACGUUAUCCCGUGUGAAUUAUCGCAUAAAACGGCAUCAACUGCGCUAGAAUUCACCAGACCUCGAGUAACAGUACUGCAUAAU